UCCCCCCUCCCCCCCCCCCCGCGCGCUGUUGCUUUCAGGAGGGAUUGUAGUGGGCUUUCUGGAUAAACCGCAACUUCCUCCUCACUCCCCAUUUUCUCACCCUCCCAACCUGUAUAUUCUUAUCCCGCAAAAGAAGGGAAGAAAGGGAAACGGACUUCACAAUGGGGUCCCAGAUUGACUCGGAAGACGAGUUUACGGUGCUGGUCACUGGCUUCGGCCCGUUCAAAGCCCAAUACCCCGUCAACCCCUCUUGGGAGAUCGCCCGCUCCCUGCCCGCCUACCUCCCGCCCCUCCGCGCCAGGAACCCGAAAGAGCACCCCCUGGCCUCGUUUUCGUUCUCCUCCGCCGCCGCCAGCCGGCCCCUCCCCCCCGUCCGGAUCCUCGUCCAUCCCGAGGCCAUCCGCGUCAACUACAUGACCGUCCGCGCCCUCGUCCCGCAGUUCUGGGACCCGGCGACGCACCCGCGCGUCGAUGCCGUCGUGCACAUCGGCAUGGCCGGCCCGCGCCUGUUCUACUCGGUCGAGCGCCGCGGCCACCGCGACGGCUACACCUUCCCGGACGUCGACGGCCACCGCCUCGAGGACGACGAGCGCCGGCGCGAGGAGGGUGACGACUGGGUCUGGCACGGCAUGCCGCCCGAGAUCGAGACGGGGCUGGACCUGGCCGACGUGCUGGAGCGGUGGAAGGCGCAUAGCCCGGAGGGCUCCGACCUGCGCAUAUCGGAAGACGCGGGCCACUACCUGUGCGACUUCAUCUACUUCUCCAGCCUGGCGCAUCUCUGGCGGGCGCGGGAGCACCGCCGGGUGACGUUCCUCCACGUCCCCUCGGACGCAUCCAAGGCGUCCGUCGCCCGCGGCACCGAGCUCGCCGUCCAGCUGAUCCGGUCCAUCGCCGAGAGCGAGCUGCGGCGGCGGGACCGGGGUGGGCCCAAGGAGGAGGUCGUGGCCAAGGACGACAAGAUCGCCGUCGAGCUGCGGGUUUGAAAAUGGAUGGACCUCUAUCUUCGAACGUGAUGAAUCUUUUGUAUCCCCCGGUACGUGGGAGAAGGAAUGGGAUGUCUGAGUACAUGGCGCGGCUGGUUGGGUGGGCAUCGGAGGUGGCACAUAAAGCAUGCAGGGUGGUAGCAUGGAGUUUGUUUCGUUUGAUGUUUUUUAACGCUGGUGUUAGCCGUGCUUCUUUCAUGAAUGGGUAACGAAACGGAUAUGAGAACACGAGUCGACAGCCAGGGAUAUUCACGCAAAAAGGAUUAUUGUGUUCUCGGCGCCAUCCUCUUGACGCGAAUACUUCUCACAUGAGGCCUUUGUGCCUUUUCGUCGUGGGUGUUUCCUAGCGGUGGCCGGCACC